AGUGCGCAUGCUUUUGGGGUUCUCUUUAAACCGCUUUUCAAAAUGAAAUCCUCCCGUUGCAGCCUUACGGUGAUUCAGCAGCGGAUAGAUGAAGUACAGCGCUUCCUGUCGGUGACUCUCGCCAUCGCCAACGCUCACACGGUCGAGUUUUACACACACGACGUGUGGAAGCGGUUUAUGGCUGUGACGCCACAAGAGGUCCUGGCAGCAGUCAGUUCCGGUAGCGAACAGGAGGGGGAGCCAGAGCACAAAGAAAAGGAGCAUUCCAGGACCACAUUUGGGUUUUGCGUUCAUUCAAACCGCCUGGUUGACAUCCAUGAGCUGGUAGAGGCGGCCAAGGCCCAAUCCCUUCCUGGCCUUGGAGUGUGUGUGAGCAGGGAUGAGCUGCUGCAGAGCCUGAGAGGCAGCGAGUCAGAGUGUGCAGAAAUCGAUAAACUGGAGCCAGAUGAGUUUAUGAACGCAAAGAAAUCCCAUGAAGUCCAGUGCAUGUCUAAGGUGGUGGCUUGUUUGGCCCAGCACUGUGGAGUCAAACAGGUGAUAGAUGUGGGGUCAGGGAAGGGCUACCUGAGCUCCUUCCUGUCGCUGCAGUACGGCCUCCAGGUGUUCGGCAUUGACUCCUCCAGCACCAAUACGCAUGGUGCUCAGGAGAGGAACAGGAAGCUCAAGAAGUUCUCACGAGCGUACCAGAAACGCUCGAAAGCAGCACUGACCCAAGUGGAGGCCCAGUACUCGCCUCAAACGGAGUUGGUGGAAAGAAAACCUGGGCUGAAUCAGGACAGGGACACUUUAACAGGAAGUGGCUCUCAGGAGGAUCUAGGGGUGUCAGUCGACGUUCUGGCUGCAGGAACUCAGCCGGAGCUCGGUCCAGAAACGGGGGAGCUCUUUCUGAGCGCUCUGUCAGCAGAUGUGAUUCAUCCUCCGUCCCCCAGAGUUUCUCCAAGUCAGCUCAGUGUGGAGGAGAGGGAGAGGAGAAAGAGAGAGAACCUGGAGAAGAAAGCUCGGAGCAGAAGAGAGGGCGCCGACGCUGUGUUUUCACCGCUCACGUCUUAUGUCACGUCAGAAACUGAGCUGCGGAAUCUCAUCACUGAGCUAGAGGAAGCCGUCAUGGUCGGCCUGCACACGUGUGGAGACUUGGCUGCGAGCACGCUGAGGAUGUUUGUGGCGAAGCCGGAGCUGUCGGCCGUCUGCGGCGUGGGCUGCUGCUAUCACCUGCUGUCUGAGGAGUUCAACCCGGACGGACAGGAGAAACCGUUGCAGACUGCGUGUGGUUUCCCCCUGAGUCAGUACCUCCGCAAUCAGUCCUGUUUCUGCGGCAGGAACGCCAGGAUGUCAGCAUGUUUGGCUCUGGAGCGAGUCUCACUUGGCCAGGGUAUUCAGAUGGAGUCUUUGUUCUUCCGAGCAGUGCUUCAUGUUAUUCUGAGGGACCACUACAGCUCCUAUAAAAGCGAGAAGCGGGUCGGAAAUGUUUAUUCCAAAGCAAAAUCAUUUGUGGACUACGUUCGGCGAGCUCUGCACCGAUUGGAGCUGGAUGACUCAAAGCUUUGUGACAGUGACAUUCAGAGCUACCAUGACGCGUACAAAGCACGGAUGGACGAGAUGCACGCCUUUAACAUGUUGAAGGUGGCCCUUGCUCCAUGCAUCGAGGGUCUGAUUCUGCUGGAUCGUCUCUGCUACCUGAAAGAACAGGAGGGUGUGUCGUUCUCUGCAUUGGUUCAGCUAUUCGACCCCCUGCUGUCUCCAAGAUGCUACGCCGUCGUCGGACUUAAAAGUCAUUCUACAAAACUAAAAAGCUGAGACACUUAUGCAUAUGCACAUGGAGAUAAUACACUUAGAUUAUAUUUGUAUAUGAUUGUCGGCAUAUUUGUCUUGAAAACGACUAUUGAAGUGCAUCGUGACCUCCUGGUUUCAUUAGAUUCAUUGAUUGAGCAUUUCAAUCCUCAAGUUUGUAUUUUACCUGCGAUUUGGUUUCUGAUGGGCCACAUACAUGAAACAUUUGCAGUUUUCCAAUACUUUGAAAUACUUGUAAGUUCUGUGGGGCCUGUGUGAUUGAAUGAUGUAUUUUGCAGCCUAAUGUCACUUGACUCUUAAGAAAACUCGUUUUAAAGGACCCUUCAGGGAAUUGGGGGUAUUUUGGGAUUUGAGUGAACUUUGGGCACAUCUGGAAAACUCAUUUCUAGUUAAGGUUGAGAAAUACGUUGAGGAGAGAUGCUGAAUGCAACUUAUUCUCUUUUUUCCUGUUGGUUUUAUAAUAGUCACAACUUGUACAUCGUUAAACCAUCAGAAUCAUUCUCUUGAGAUUGUAUGUAGUAUGCUAACUCAAAUUAGCACACCAUAGUGAAGUAAAAGGAAAAUAUUUCCUGUUUUUUUAUACUAAUAAAAAUGAUGAAAAUGUAACCAUUUACAUGCUGUAUUCCAUACUAAUUAUUUAGGAGACUCCACUUGUGUGUAGCUUAAUUUCAACAUAAAUGCAGCUUUGCCAAGGGAAUAAAGCAAAACAUGUGAAAGAAGGACUUUUAAAUCAGAUCAGACCAAAAUGAUAUCUUUCUCUCAGUAAAAUAUUGUGGCAGCAGCAUUAUGCUUUGGGGAUUCUUUUCUACUAAGGGAAGCAGAUCAAAUUUGAUAUUUGAUUGGAAGACAUAUAGAGCCAUCUAAAGGGUAGACGUGAAAAGAAAUGGCUCAAUUGGAAUGGUUUAGAUCGACACAUAUGCACUCAACUGUGCACUACUUGUGUUGGUAACAUUAUAAAAUGUGAUUCAAUUCAGGGACAAUUUGAAUUACAUAGUGUUGGUAACGGAAAAGUGAAUUUUAAACAAAAGAAAAUAAUUGGCUUAAAUUUUAUGUGCUCUGUUUCAGUAUUCGCCAUUGAAUCAUAAAUGAUUAGAGCAGAUGUUUCAGGACCCUUUUUAAAUGCAGAAAGCAUUGAUCCAUCCAUUUUCUAACACCAUUGUCCCUAGUGGGGUUGGGAGGGGUGCUGGUGCCCAUCUCUAGCUAGAAAUCAUUGAUUCUUACAAAAAAAAGAAAAAGCAAAGAUCCUGAACUAAUUAAGCCUGAAACUGUUAGAUCUGUUAGAUUCAGAGCAGAUUGAUAUUAACCAUCUCUUCCUGUCGCACACCUUCUCCUGCGUCCUCCAUCUGUCGUGCCGGUUACAGCAACCGGCACAUCUGCAGCCCAUUCACAGGGUUCAAGUAGCUGUGGCGGUGAAACUGCACUACGUCCCACAGCCUUUUUUUAAAAUUUAUAUCCCAGUGAAGACGGAUCAUGGAGCAGACGAAAAUGAAAGAAAGUCACAGAUGUGAGCUUGUGUUGUUUUAUUUGGGGGUAGGGGGAUUUUGGGACGGAGUCUGCCACCGCUUGGGGUUUUCUUUUCACUGACUGAGUCACAUCCUGUCAAACCUGCCUUGAUGGUCACACGCAUGUUUGUGCAAAACUCAUCCAGCCUCUUUCAAGUGUCCACGCAGGGGGAAGAAAAACGCCGCACACAAAUCUGCUACCAGUUUACAAUGGGAGGGUAGGUAAACUCCAAUUUCCUGGCUUUGCACUUAACAGAUGGCAGGAAAAGGUUCUCAGCAGGAUGCGGUGAAGGCUUUGAGACACAAAUAGUCCGAAUGAAGAAGGCCGUACCACCUACAAGGACUUUUCCCUGCCAGGUAGGAGUUGGAGGAAGUGGUAUGGAAGUGAGGGGAGUCCGGCUUACGUAUUCGCUUUUGGCUUUGAUGAGACUUUCUCACAGAGCUGCUUGAAUCCAGGCCUCUGUAAUCCUCUCUGAUUUCCAAAUUCAUCUCCAGAAAUCCCUAAAGCCAAGGGCUUCAUACAUAAAGCUUCAUCUGAUUUUGUUAGAGUGUAAUUAGAGUUUGGAAUUGGAAGGAAAAUAAUGGGAUUUAUCAUCUCAACUCUGCCAAAAAAAUAAUGCGGAAAAAGUUGAAGAAGGAGGAUGCAGGAUGCUUUGUAUGAAUAUUUGAAGAGCCAUCCCCUUUGAAGUACAUUUCCUCUCAACCCAGAUUCCUUCCAGGAAUCUUGUUUGUCAUGAUAUCUUUUAUGUGUGACUUUUUUCUUUUUUUUAGAGAGGUGUGAUAGCAGGCUGCCAUCGGAGAGAACUUGGGCACCAUCUGCCUGUUCCUUCACUGGCACAUUGUCUUCACUGCUUGAUCAGAUGUCUGCAGUCCCAAUCAGCUUGUUGCAGAUUUAAAUAACUUAUCUGUCAUUUUUAUCUGACACACUGCUCUAAAUGUUUGGGGGUCUUUUCCACCCUUUCCACAAUUUUGAUUUGCCAUGCCACAAAAGCCUCUGUCAUUUAUUUGGGGAUUUAUGUCAUGAACCAAAACAAAGUGGAUUAAACUUCGAUUUUUUCACCAAAAUAUUAUAAAUGUGGCAUACAUACACACAGAGUUAGCUCAGAUGACAAAAUACCUUUACUCCUGUUUGCUGCAGUUGGAGCUGAAGGUUUUUGCCUCUUGUCCGUUUGUCUUUACUGCUAAAAUUCAGUUGGAUUUGUGAAUACAAAUGUUAAUAUUUUUUAAAUAAAUUCUCAUUUGCCUUAA